UCAAAACAUUUUGUGACACACAUACACAAAGUUAACAAUACGCGUAUUAUGCUAUCGAUCAAGCAAAAUAUUUUGUGAUUAAGUAAAUAUAAAGCAAAUCCAAAAAGUAAAAGAAAAACAAAAAUAUUCCAAUAAUGCAUGUUUACGAUUUAUGUCGCAUUUGUUUAACGGAGGAUAUUAACACAAGCAAAAUGCAACCUCUGUUUGAAACCGAAGAUGAUACAUGCAACGAAAUUGUGCAGCAAAUAGAAGUUUGUGGUGGAAUAGUCUUGAAGCCACACGAAGAGUUUCCAAAAAUGAUUUGCGUGCAGUGCCUAGAAAAGUUGAAUGUGUCAUUUAAGUUCCGUUCCAUGUGUCAAGCAAGCGAACACGCACUUUUGGACGCUAUAGUAAAGUCUGAAAUGAAGACGGAACCAUUAGACUAUGAGGGCGCUCAAAUCAUAUCUAAACAUGAAGAAGAUAAUGAAGACGAAAUGUUCUUUGAUAUGCAUACUGAAUUUAUUGAUGCACAGGAGGUGCAUCUAGAGGAUAUUACUGAAACCGUUGAAGAAGAAGUGCUUGAAUCUGAUAUGGAACCCAAUACUGAAAGUGCUGAAGAAUUUAUUGAAUACACGGACAGUGAAUAUUUUGAAGAAGAAUUGCCUAAAUCCAUAAUUAAGAAGACUGCUACGCCAACAUAUAUACAAAGACAGCCAGUAACUAGCGACAAUUUGGUUCGUAAGCGAGGACGGCCAAAAACAAAACCCGAGGGGAUCUCAUUAAAAUCGGAAUUACAUAGUGGUAAGAAAUCGAAUCGAGGCAGAAAAAAGAAGGAAGAACCUGAAGUUGCAAGUAUAAUGUGUGAGAUAUGCGGGAACAUAUAUUCGAAACGUAAUUUGUUAAAAAUGCAUAUGAGACGUCAUAUGGCCGAAAAGCCCUUCGAAUGCGAAAUUUGUGGGAAAACUUUUGCAUGCCCUUCCGAAAUUGGACGUCAUAUGCGUGUGCACACUGGAGAAAAACCUUACAUUUGUAAAUAUUGUGGACGAACCUUUGCUGAUCGGAGUACAAAUAUAAAACACGAAAGAAUACAUACAAAUGAACGUCCGUUCACUUGUCAAACAUGCGGUAAAUCUUUCACUUAUUCUAAUGUUCUGAAAAAUCAUAUGUUAACUCACACCGGCGAAAAACCAUUCCCGUGUAUACCAUGUAAUAAGACGUUCUCACGUAAACACCAACUGGAUCAGCAUAUUGCAACUAUAACGCAUCAGCAAACAGUCAGAAAUCUUACUACAACGGACGUGAAAGUGCAACAUAUGCUACAAGAAGAUGAGCCUAAUCAGCAUGUUUCUAACAUAAACCACCAUCAAACCCUUCAUACAAUUAGCGCAACGAAUAUCAAAGUGGAACAUUUGCUACAACAAUUCAAUCCUAAUCAACAUAUUACCACUAUUACACAAGGCCAAGACGACAGAAAUCUUUCUGUUUCGCAUAUGAUAGAGGAAGAAAUUGAUCAAACCUGUGAAAGGCAUAUUGAAGAGGUAGAUGAGGAUGCUGAACAACAAGAUAGCGAUGUAUACAUAAAUACUGAAUAAUUUGAUUUUGAUUCGAUAUGCAUACAUUUGUAUAUUUCUUUACACUUAAAUAUCAAUAUAUACAUAAUUAAAAGGUACUUUAAGUAACUAUA